AUGAUGCAAUUUACCUUAAAAAAUUGAAGGGGAAAAAUAGGAAAAGAGAAGGAUAUAGGAAGGAAUUGGAAAAGUAAGGUAAGCCAGUGAAUGUAAACCACCAAACUUCCAAAUACUCCCGACCCGACAGUCCACCACCAAAAGAUAAAUCAGCCAUGGCAGCAGCAGCAGCAGCUAGAAUGGUAUCCGUCGCCGGAAGUUCCACCGUUGCCUCCUCUUCUUGCUUGCUUCUCAAAGCGCCCUUCGCUUUGAAACACGGCCGUAACGCUCUUAGCUUCAACAACGGCAGACGAUUAUCCAAAAGGUUAUUUUCUUGCAAUGCCAUUUAUAAUCCCCAGGUUCAAAUCAAACAUGAAGGUCAACCCGAAACCCUUGACUACAGAGUCUUCUUCGAAGAUACUUCGGGGAAAAAGAUUUCUCCUUGGCAUGAUAUACCAUUGCACUUGGGAGAUGGUGUUUUUAACUUCAUUGUGGAGAUACCCAAAGAGUCAAGUGCAAAAAUGGAGGUUGCUACUGAUGAGCCAUACACUCCCAUUAAGCAGGAUACUAAGAAGGGCAAACUUCGAUAUUACCCCUAUAAUAUAAACUGGAAUUACGGAUUGCUUCCACAAACAUGGGAAGACCCUUCUUUAGCAAACUCUGAAGUUGAAGGAGCAUUUGGUGAUAAUGACCCUGUUGAUGUUGUUGAGAUCGGUGAAACCCGGAGAAAGAUAGGUGAUAUUCUGAAGGUCAAGCCUUUGGCUGCAUUAGCCAUGAUUGAUGAAGGGGAACUUGACUGGAAAAUAGUUGCUAUCUCAUUAGAUGAUCCAAGGGCUUCCCUUGUCAACGAUGUCGAUGAUGUUGAGAAGCAUUUCCCGGGGACACUAACAGCAAUCAGGGAUUGGUUUCGAGACUACAAGAUCCCUGAUGGAAAACCAGCAAACAAGUUUGGUCUUGGCAACAAGGCAGCAAACAAGGAAUAUGCUCUGAAGGUCAUUACAGAGACCAACGAGUCUUGGGCCAAACUUGUCAAAAGAUCAAUUCCUGCUGGAGAGCUUUCACUUGCAUGAAGGCUACCAGGAGCACUGGGAGAACUGCAAUGGUUUCAAUUUGUAGUUCUUUUUUUUUUUUGGGAGGGGGGGGUGGGUUGGUUGGAGAAAUUAGAGAACUCUUUUAAUUGGAAUAGCAUUUCACCAUUCACAUGGUUGGUCUGAAGUGAAUAAAAGAAAAAGGCAUGCGAGUUUUUCAAGCUUAUCAGGCCCCUUUAAUAAUUCUAAACUUGAACAGCUAUUGAAAUAGGCAACCAAACUCUACACACGGGGUUCAUCUUUUCAGACUGCCACGGAAAUUCCCAUGGUUGGUAACCGUAUUUUGCAUAUAUAUUGCAUUAAAACGUUCAAGUCCAAAUACAAUGACGACCAUAAGUAGAAAAACUCGAGUUCUUAUUGGCAAAACAUCACAUUAUGCCCAUGUCCUAUACACACAACUAGGAUAACUGUUAUAAUACGAUUCACUCCGAAGAAUUUGCAGGAAUAAACUUGAGUGAUAUGCUAUUGACACAAUGGCGCUCAUCGGUGGGUGUUGGAAACCCUUCACCUUUAAA